CGACAAUGAGUAGGCUAAUAAAGGAGAUGCUGCCGCGCGACGUGCGCGUCUCCAAGGACACGCAGGACCUCCUCAUGGACUGCUGCCUCGGUGGGUUGCCUCGGUGGCUCUAUGUCUCUGCCUGGGCGGAGUUCAUCAAUUUGAUAUCAUCGGAGGCCAAUGAGAUCUGCAGCAAGGAGGACAAGCGCACCAUCGCCCCGGAGCACGUGCUGCAGGCGCUGGAGUCGCUGGGCUUCAGCAGCUAUCUGGCGGAGGUGCAGGCAGCGUACGAUCAGCACAAGUCUGAAACACUGCCCACUGUGCACCCCAUCGCUCCACUUCCUCCGUUGCCUGCAUUACCUCUUCUCAUGAGACAAGUGGGCCUUGAGGCUGGUGCAGCACACGGGGGGGUUGGUGCAGCAGCAGGGAGCGGUUUAUAUGACAUGCAUCUCUCUCAACUCUCACUCUCUGCCUUGCAUUCUCUCCCCACCAACCCCCCUUCCCGCUCCUCCGCACCCCUUCAGGAGUCACCGCGCGCGCUGGGACGGUCGAGCAGCAGCAAGGCAUCGGGGCCGGUGGGGAUGAGUGAGGAGGAGGCGAUAGCGGAGCAGCAGAAGAUGUUUGCCGAGGCGCGCGCUGCCAUGCUCAACCUGCAACGCCCCCCCUCCUGA